AUGCGUGAAUCUCAUCAUUCACUCCCAAGAGACUCUUCUAAUGAGUCUCGGACUCAUCUCACUUACGCAGCCGCCACGGCUGGCCUACAAAAGAAGCUGAAUAGCAAUGAAAAAGACCAGAGAUUUCAAUAUCACCUUAUCAGUAUUGUUUUCAACUUGAUUGCAAUCGCGCAAGUAACAAUCGGCGCAGCUAUCACCGCAUUAGGACCGUCAGCAGGAGAACAUAUGUUAGCAAUCACAAUCCUAGGGGCUUUCAAUACUAUAGCCGGAUUGUCAGUACUGCUUAAAGGAGCAAUCUCACUAAGUUAUGGCAAUAGCCACGUCUCUGAUGACGGAAUUAUUAUUCUUUUACAAGAUGUUUUCCUAGCAUACGCUUCCGCCGAGCAGAUUAUCGAGGAGAAUCAACCAGAUACAUACACCGACGUAAAGAAAUCUUAG